AUGACGUCGAAAGAGGAUAUUCUGAAAGAGCUGCCCGCUGAUGUUCUCAACGCAAAAGUAACUGCGGAGGACUUGCUCAAAUUCUCCCCUGUGCUUCAGCAGGAGCAGCAGAAACAUUUACAGAGGCAGCAACAAUCUGCCGGUGAAAUCGAGCUUGAUGACCGUCCAAGAACCGGAAUCUUCGAAUAUGCAAAGAAAAAUCCCUUCGCGAUUGGUGGCAUCUUCGGCGCUGUUUACUGCUUUUGCAAGGGUGUUUCCAACACUCAUCAACAAGGAUCGCACAAGGCCGAUAUGAAGUGGAUGCAGGGUCGUCUUUACUGGCAGUCGUUUGCUAUCAUCUCCAUGCUUGGUGGCCAUUAUUACUACUCGAUGAAACACAUGGAAAAACUCGAAGUAAAACGAAUUGCUUAUGAAAAAGAGCGGGAUAUUGUGUGCCAAAGCGCGCAGAUUUGCCCCGAGGUUUACGAAGAAAUGAAAUACAGAGAGUCCGUUGAGAGAAAUUACGGCGGAAGUGAUAUGCUCCCUCUUCAAGAAUUGAAGCGACGAAAGCAGGUCGACCAAGAAUUUGCUGCUAGAGGCGAAACCGUCUAUCUCAGCCCAGAAAAACGCAUCGCCAUAGAAAAUUCCGCUAUCGGGGCUUCUCUUUCUUCAACUGACUUCAUGCGCUUGGAUACAUCUCGCAGGAUAGAUAUCCGUGACGGAUCCCCUCCAACAGACCAAGUCAAAUACGUUCAAAAAUGUGGCGGGUUGGAUCUUUCCAACGGAUCGUCGCUUCUCUGGCGCAACGACGAUAACAAAUUAGAACUCAUCCAGUUUCACCCUCAAGAACAAGGCCUGAAUGAGUCAGUAACGAUCGCCUUCCCAAGAAAUGUUCAAGUAUUGCCUUCUGUUGCGCUGUAUGAAACUAAAAAGAAGGCUGUUUUGAUGGUAAUUGCUUCUCAAGCCUCCCUCCAUUUAGUGACACUUACUCCUCUUACCGAGCACCACUCAAUCCUGGGCGACUUGACAGCUUCUGAUUUCAAGCGUGCCUGCUUCCCAUUCAAAUCUUCCAUUCCAGUCACUUUCUGCGACACCAUCAUCCAUGCCAACAAAGGCCUUCUCUUCAUCUCCUCCAAAACAUCAAGUCCAACCGUGAUCUGCAUUUCUGCCUCCAACCCUCAAACGCCGGAAACACUCGAGCUCAAAUCGACCGGGCUUCUCGGCCGACUUUGGAACUCGAACUCUGAAGCCAACAGAUCAAAGGCCGUUCAUUUUGCUCUUACGAACGGGCAGCUUUCAAUGCUCUCAAUAACCGCUGACAAUCAAUUGCGAAUCUGGUCAAGUACCGGCGAAUGCCUCUUUACUGGAGUCCUCCAAGAACUACUCGACUACGAUGGCGAUGUGGAGAUGGAUGUGAAAAGCAGCGACUCUAAGGAGCUUUUCAUUUUCGUCAAGGCUCGCGGAAACAUCUUCAAAUACCGCCUUUCUGAUGACAAAAGACAGCCACUAACUUUGAUGCAAGAUUUUGGCGCGCCUAACAAUGGCCUCAUCAACAAUUUCAAUUGUGAGACUGGCAAUGUCUGGAUUGUGAUGAAAGAAGAGACCGAAAAUGGGUCCCACACUUCUGUGAAAGCAUUUGACGACUUUAGAGUCGUUGAUCUUUCCCCUUCGCAGUCGCCAGAAGAAUAUGUCGAGUGCAAGCCACAUGAAGAGAUUCCACGAAUGGUACUUCAAACAAGCACUAUCAUGCCCAGUGCUCUCAGACGCGCCCUUGCUGGAAAAGCAUUCGACGCUGUUCCAGAGCACAUUACUCAAAAAUACGUUCAAUCCUUCUUGGCAAACGAAGCAAGACACGAAGGCGUUUCUCAGGAAGAAUACUUUGCUGAGUUUUACGAUACGGUCUUGGAAUACAACGAGCGCGCACUGGCUAUUACAGGCGUUGUCGGCGGACAACUUGGUCGACUGAUGAUCCUGAGAAGAAAUGCUGUUGGUUUUAUCAGGCCUUUGACUCAAGUUGAGGCCAUUUGCGCUGGUCUUGAACCAGAGAGCUCUGGGCUGGAUUUGUCAGAAGAAGCGGGAGAUAUUCUUUCUUCACUGAUUCCAGUCUUCAAUGAGAUUGUCGCGAAUUCGGACGUCAUGGAGCUUGUUUCCUUUCGAUUGCGCAACGGAGAGUGUCCUCUAACAGUAGCUCAAGAGCUCCGAGAAGAAAUAGCAGCGCUUAUAACAGAAUCCGACCGAAAAGAAGAUCUUGAGUAUCAGAUUAGUAACAUGGCGAAGGAGUUGUCGAGGAAAACCACGGAUGAACGAAUGGACAACGUUUUUACAGCGGUCUUUGGCGAGCUCGUUCGACUUAUUGAGGUCCCUCAAUUUAGUGAAGAGCUUGAAUUUGGUUCAAGUUCUAGCCACGCUGAAGUGGAAAAAUACCAUCUUCUGGCUUCAACCACCAGGUCUAUUGGCCACAAUCUUUUCACUCUCGCUCAAUUAGGGCUUGUUCUUGUGGAUAACUUGGUAUCAAAGUACAAUUACCGGGAACUCGUGAGUGUGACAGAAGCAUUCGCAGAUAUUGUGAGCAACUUGGUCACCUUGGAUUGGGUUUCAUCGGCACGAAGUGUGACUAAAUCAAGAGGAGCAAGAAGUGAUAUGAACUUUACUUCGGGAACUCGACUUGGGGAUACUUUCUCUUCGUUUUCUAUGAAUGCAUCUACGACGAUUUUCGAGUCUUCAGUUCCUUCAGAAUCUCAGCUCUUAGAAGGGUGGCUCGCCAUGGGUGGCAUCGAACAAAUUGAUGCUAUUCUCAUAAGCCCAAAUAUCGAAGCUCUCGGAGUUGAAGAGAAUAACCUCCUCGGUCAAGUUUUCGCAAUCGUCAGACUUCUUUCAAUCUCAAACGAGCGAAUGAGCCUGCCCAUCUUCCUCCUCGAAACUGGCCAAUAUGAUCUGCUCAAGAAGUGGGUCCGCCUGAACAAAUACGUUACUUCGGACAGAAUCUCUGUGGUCAACUACUUCGAAGGAAUCUGUAUGAUGCAGGACGAUUCCGUCGACGAAGCAGUUCAUCACUUCAUGACUGCUGCAACGAAUCUACACAAACAAGACUUCUUCACAAAGUACCUGCUCAAGGACUUGCCCAACUCAACGCAGCCAAUUCUCACUACAUCACUAUUUUUACAUGUUGCCGAAAAGUUCAAAGAAAACACAUCCUUUUGCCGACAAAUUUUGGAAGUAGCGGUCGAGCGAAUUGAUCAGGAUGACGACAGACAGAGCCAAUUAUGGAACAAGGUUUUCAAAUUACGACUUCAAGACGAAGAUUACACUGGUGCUUACCGUGCCAUGAUUUCCAACACUGACAUAGACUCGCAAAAGAACUGCCUUAGAACAUUCGUACUUCAUCUAUCUGAUUCUGGCGACUUUGGACCUCUCGUAAACUCAGAAUACAGCGGGCUGGAAAGUGAAAUAGCACCCAUUCUUGAAAACCGAGCAUUGGCUGUUUCUCCCGACGAUACUCGAUAUUUCGACCUUCUUUACGCCUUUUUAACCGUUCGGGAAAACUACAGAGGGGCUGCUAGAGCGAAAUAUUUGCAGUCUCAGCACAUUGCUUCUGGAUACGAAACUCUUGAACAGCUAGAGACUCGUGAAGCUUCCUUGCUAAUUGGCAUCAAUUCGCUUUAUUUAGUCCGCAAAGAAGAUCAGUGGGUUGCCACAGCUUCAAUGAACGGCGUUCCCUGCCCAGUUAAAUCGCCCAAACGAACACACGAGGGUGGCAUGCGAGUGCCACUUUGCAAGGAUACUGUGGUCACGAGCUUGGCGGAUAUGGAGAAUGAAUGCUUGCUCGUUCAAGCCCGCCUUUCGUUGAAAAUGGACGAUAUCGAUACGGCUGGAUUAGACGCUGCAGAAGUAGCGUCUUUGAUGGCGAAACAAGGAAUGUACACCGAAGCUGGAAACUUGCUCAAGGCUUUCAAGGAGCCAGCAGAUGUAGCCGUCAAAAUCUUGGCGAGCUCAUAUGCAUGCAACAUUUCACGGCCCGAAGCGGAAGGGUUGGAAAUGCAGCUAAUCGAUUUGAUAGAGGAAUUCGAGUUGGGUGCAAAUAGCACUCGACUUUAUUACAUCGCUUCCGAGGAAAUUCUGAAAAUUGGUCAGAUGAUCCCGCCAAUUAUGCUUGAAAAUUACCGUGAACGUGAUGCCACGGAGCUGGUUCGCCAAAUGGCCAAAUAUGGCGAGUUGGACGAAGCCAUCGACGGGGCCUGCUUCAUUUUGGAAAAAGCGCAAACUCUCCUCGAGCGGAAAAAGUCGCUCGAUGGCUUUUGGCUGCCAACGAAUUUGAUAGAGCAGCUGAACUCGUUCGCGAAGCUGCACAAUCACGAACUCCACGAAUUGCUCCAAAAGAGGAUGGAUGGAUUUCUUCAGAUAUUAGAAAACAGUGUCAGGCAAAAUGUUAACGCUAAUUAG